GGGCUGGAGCUGCACGGGAACAGAGGGCCGAGGGCAGAGUCCAGGGGUCAGGGGCAACUGCUAAUGUCAGUGCCAGGGCCUUUGGUGGGCAGAGUGCACCAGCUACUCUGUGGGGCCCAGGUUUAGAGGUGAGACUGCAAAUUCCACAUCCUCUUCUCCAACGAGACGGGUGGUACCAUGGGUACCUGGCAGCGGUUGGCCGUGCUCCUGAUGUUGCUGCUCCUGGUGGGGGCCCUGGGGCAUCCUGUAUGGCCGGCUGCUGUGGCAGUGGCCCUGCGCUGGUUCCUCGGAGACCCCCUGUGCUUUCUGCUGCUGGGCCUGGUGGCACUGGCCUGGCUCUGGAUCAGCUCCUGGCAGCCUCACCUGCUGGGCUUGGUGGCUGCAGCCCUUACUCUGACCCUGCUUCCCACACGGCCACCCUCAUGGCUGCGCUGGUUGCCUGCAGAUGUGGCCUACUUAGCCAAGAUCCUCCGUAUGGGCCUGAACAUCAGGGCGCGCCUGAGCCGACAGCCUCCAGACACCAUUGUGGAUACCUUUGAGCGGAGAGCACGAGCGCAGCCUGGCCGGGUGUGCUUGGUGUGGACUGGCCCUGGAGCCUGCACCGUCACUGUUGGCGAGCUGGAUGCCCAGGCCUGCCAGGCAGCAUGGGCCCUGAAGGCCGAGCUGGGCAGCACAGAGGCCGUGUGUCCCAGGGAGCCUGUUGCUCUUCUUGUGGGAAGCUCGAAGGCCAUUUCUGCUCUGAGUCUGUGGCUGGGCUUGGCCAAAUUGGGCUGCCCAGUGGCCUGGAUCAACCCGAAUGGCCGUGGGGCGCCCCUGGAACACUCUGUGCUCAGCUCGGGGGCCCGGGUGCUGGUGGUGGAUCCAGACCUCCGGGACAGCCUGGAGGAGGUCCUUCCCAAGCUGCAGGCCGCACACGUCCGCUGCUUCUACCUCAGCCACACCUCCGCCACACCUGGUGUGGGGUCUCUGGGGGCCGCCCUGGCCUCCGCACCCUCUGACCCAGUGCCUGCUCACCUGCGUGCAGAAAUCACACGUCGAAAUCCUGCCCUGUUCAUCUACACCUCAGGCACCACAGGACUUCCGAAGCCGGCCAUCCUCUCGUAUGAGCGAGUGCUGCAGGUGAGCCAGAUGCUGUCCUUGUGUGGGGCAACAGCCGAUGAUGUGGUCUACAGCUUCCUGCCUCUCUACCACACAAUGGGGCUUGUCCUGGGGGUCCUCGGCUGCCUGGAGCUUGGAGCCACCUGUGUCCUGGCACCCAAGUUUUCUGCCUCCUGCUUCUGGGAUGACUGUCGGCAGCAUGGUGUGACAGUGAUCCAGUAUGUGGGUGAGGUUCUGCGGUACUUGUGCAAUGCUCCCCAGCGACCAGAAGACAGGGCACACAGAGUCCGCUUGGCAAUGGGCAACGGACUCCGAGGAGAUGUGUGGGAAACCUUCCAGAAGCGCUUUGGCCCCGUUCAGAUCUGGGAAUUCUAUGGUUCCACAGAGGGCAACAUGGGCCUAGUCAACUACCCAGGGCGCCGUGGGGCUGUGGGCAAGAUGAGCUGCUUCCUUCAGGUGCUGUGUCCCUUUGAGCUUGUGCGGUUUGACAUGGAGGCAGCAGAGCCUGUGAGAGACGAGCGGGGCUUGUGCAUCCCCGUGGGGCCAGGGGAGCCUGGACUCCUGUUGACCAAGGUACUAAGCCGCUCCCCUUUCAUGGGCUACCGUGGUCCCCGAGAGCUGUCUGAGCGGAAACUGGUGCGGGGUGUGCGGCGUCCAGGCGACCUUUAUUACAACACUGGGGAUGUCCUGGCCAUGGACCAUGAAGGCUUUUUCUACUUCCACGACCGCCUUGGGGACACCUUCCGAUGGAAAGGCGAGAACGUGUCCACACGGGAGAUAGAGGGUGUGCUGUCAUUGGUGGACUUCCUGCAGGAAGUGAAUGUCUAUGGUGUGUCAGUACCAGGGUGUGAGGGCAAAGUUGGCAUGGCUGCUGUGAGGCUGGCCCCUGGCCAGACUUUUGAUGGGCAGAAACUGUACCAGCAUGUGUGCACGUGGCUCCCUACCUAUGCUGCCCCCCAUUUCAUCCGUGUCCAGGACACCCUGGAGAUCACGAGCACAUUCAAACCCGUCAAGUCCCGUUUGGUGCGAGAGGGCUUCGAUGUGGGGGCCAUUUCUGAGCCCCUGUUCAUCCUGGACCGCCAGGCCCAGGCCUUCCGGCCCCUGACGGCAGACACAUAUCAGGCUGUGUGCGAGGGAACCUGGAAACUCUGACCACGGGGGCUGCGCGCAGGACACUAAAGGGGCAGUGACCCAGGCUGUCUCCCCAGACCUCACAGAGCUGUCAUGAUCCCAGAUGUACAGUCUGGGAAUAACGCUGGCCCUGUAACAGAACAAUAAACUCAAAUGUGUCCACAGAG